ACGUCCCAAUUGUCCUACUUCAUUGUUUGAAGUCUUCUGCUUUCAUUCUUCCGGCCUAAUGCUGUAGCACUUAUACCUUCUUCGAUGCUGUAGAUGUUGUAUCACUUGUUCAUGUAAUUGAAAACAUUUCAACUAAUUAUUGAAUAAACGGUUCCUGUCAAGUUUUGAAAGUUUUGGCCUAAGAACUUAUUCGGCCUAACAAAUUACGAUCUAAUGACCGGACGCCGCUAUGAAUAUUCUGCGGGAAGGCGUAGGUAGAAAAUGUGUGUUUUUACAUUCUUGAGAUCAUAAUCUAUCCAUUAAAAGGUAAGAUAGUGCAAAACAAGAUUUUUUUUUUCAAUUUUUAGCCUAUGUGCCCACUGUGCAUCAGACACCUUUCCACAGGUGGGUGGCUGGAAGACUACCGUUCUUUUUUAUUCGCCUUCCGCGAAUCUAACGAUUAUCACACUACACGUGAUUAUCGCCCGGAAAGUAGUUCCGCUCCCUGGCGGCGUUCGUGCAACUAUGUGGACUAUGUUGUAGUAGGUGAGGUUGAUUACACACAUUUUCGAUGUCAGCGGGAGUCGGCGGCAAUCGAGUGUGGCAAUUCCUCGCCUCUCCUCAUGGGAGUGUUUUAUUAAAUGAACUUGAUGGGAUCGUCAAUCGCGCGGCAGUCUUAUCCUGGCAGUGAAAGUGUAUGGUAUAUGUCUUGGUCGUGAUGGGUAAUAAAGUGGUCACUUUUACCGAUCAACAGCUCGAGGACUAUCAGGAUUGUACCUUCUUCACUAGGAAGGAAAUUUUGCGAGUGCAUCAGCGAUUUCGCGAGUCGAGCCCGGAGUUGGUUCCGAAAAUUAUGACGGAAGGACAAGCCACCUCCAUACAGGUACCGAGGGAGCGAAUUGAAAAGUUGCCCGAGCUGGUGGAGAAUCCCUUCAAAACGAGGAUGUGCGAGGCAUUCUCCCAGGAUGGGGACGGAAAUUUGACGUUUGAGGAUUUCCUGGAUCUACUGUCGGUGUUCAGCGAACAGGCACCGAGGGAUAUCAAAGUGUUUUACGCGUUCAAGAUCUACGACUACGACCAGGAUGGUUUUAUCGGCCAGUCCGAUCUGCUGAACGUCAUCACCGCCCUCACUCGCAACGAACUUACCACCGAAGAGCACCAGCAAAUCGUCGAGAAAGUCAUCGAAGAGGCGGAUGUCGACGGCGAUGGAAAACUGUCCUACUUGGAAUUCGAGCAUGUGAUUACCCGAGCGCCGGAUUUCAUGUCUACGUUUCACAUUCGAAUCUAGAAGGGGACCGGUCGGAAGCCAUCUGGCGGUAUUGAAAUGAAUGCUAAGCGUACUGGUAUGUUCGAAAACUGGUUCGAAGCUGAAAGCGAAGACAACCACACACGGUUUACGGUUAUGCUGGAAUGUGUGCACGAUAACUAAUUUCUAGGUUUUGUUCACUCACAAACUACUCAAACAAAAAGUUAAUGGUUUUUGAGAACAGGAAAAAUAUGUAUGGGUCAUUUUGCCUAAGAGAUUACUUUUUUAUUUGAUGUUUGUAAAUCUAUAUCACUGAUCUUGGGUCUGUUCGUAUUUUGUUAUUGAAACUUUACUACACUUUAAACAUAAAAAUUCUUAUAAAUAAAAAAAAUAUAAGUUGUGUAAUCAACAAUGAUGAA